AUGGUUAUUACUACGCAAAUUAAAUAUAAAAGAAUACUUGAAGAAGUAAAAGUAGUAAAAAAAGCAAAUUUAAUACAAAAAGAAUUAACAGAAAAUGAAAGUAAUUCAGAUUAUGAAGCUGAAACAAGUCAAUUAAUAUUUAUAGAAGAAAGUGAAAAUGAUUCUAAUAGUGAAGCUAAAGAUAAAGAUCCAGAUUUUAUUAAUAUGAUAAAUGAGUUUGAUAAAUAUUAUAAAAUUCCUUAUAUUAAAUCACUUAAAAUUGAAUCUCAAAAACAUGUGAAGUUGGAAAAAAUACAUUUAAAAAUCAACUUUACAUAUACAGCAUAUUUCUUUGAUAUUAGACACCUAGAGUUCACUGCAGAAUUACCAUAUCUGCAUAGUUCAACUGAAAUUAAAGAGCAUUUGUUAGAUUUGUUUAAUGAAUGGAAGAUUAAAUCAAAAAUAAGUGCUAUAGUAACUGAUAAUGAUUCAAAUGUAAAAAAUAUAUAUAAUGAAUUAGGAAUUGGUGAAAAGAUCCUAUGUACUACUCAUACUCUUCAGUUGAGUAUUGGAAAAGAAUUAGAUAAAAUAGAACCAUUAGCUGAUAAGUGUAAACAACUAAAAGAAUUAGAAAAAGAAGUUGAAAGUCGUAUUUAUUUUGAUGUUGUAAAAGCAAAUAAUACAAGAUGGAAUUCAAUCCUUUAUGCUUUUCAAAGACUUAUUAUUCUUAAACCAGCAAUUUUGAUGCUAAAGGUAUCUUUAAUGAGUAAUACAAGUUCAUAUAUUCAUAAAGAGAGUGAAAAAUUAGAAGAACUUUAUCCUACAGUUAAUGAGUGA